CGAGGGCAAACGCUUGCCUUACGGCUGACUUGAUGGACUCCGCCGCUAAGACAUUGGCGCCAGCCACAGCGCCGCGGCUGGCGACAUGUGACGGUACGCGUCGCGUCGUGCAUGUCACGCUCGGUCGCGCCGAGGCCCCAUCGCACAUCGCAUCACUGCAGUGUCCCCGCGACGUCUUGAUCCGCGCGCGUAAGUCGUGCAAACCCCGAACUGUCGGUCUUGGUGCCAGGCAGGCCAAGUUACGGCGCUCCAUUCACGACCAUGACGGUGCACACCUCAUCGCGUACGAUGUCUUUCCUCCGACGCUCCCCCUUUUGUCUCCUGCGUCGCUCCUCGACGCGACAGUACCACGUCACCGAGCCGACAGCCGCGAAGCUAACGAUUGGCAUCCGUAGAGAGGACCCGGCGCGAAUAUGGGAGCGGAGGUGUCCUCUGACGCCGCACGCUGUGCAUGAGCUCAUUGAGAGGGAUGGCGUGGACGUCCUGGUAGAGGACUGCGAUAGGAGAGUGUGGACAGGGAAGGAGUUUGCGAAAGCGGGCGCGAGCGUGGUUGAGAAUCUCGCACCUGCACACAUCAUACUGGGAAUCAAGGAGACGCCUCUGUCGGAAAUACUGAACGAUCCUGCACCUCCUCUCUCUGAUGCGGGGCGAUUAGUGCCACGUACGCAUCUUAUGUUCUCGCAUACCAUCAAGGGACAGCACUACAACAUGGAGCUGCUCUCCAAAUUUGUGAGUUCGUCACACACCCCAGGAGGGACUAUUACGGACAAGCCAGCGCUGUUGCCGCGUCUCAUGGACUAUGAACUGCUCACGGGCGAGGAUGGGAAGCGGACGGUCGGGUUCGGCUGGUUCGCAGGAGUCGCCGGAGCACUCGAGUCGAUGAACGCGCUAGCCCAUGCACAUCUGGAGCUGGGUGUGGCCAGUCCAUUCCUGUACACGCCGCGCCCACAUUCACACCCGAGUUUGGCUUCCAUUCGGGCUUUCUUGAAAGAGGAGGUCGGCGCGCGCAUCGCGUCCGAAGGCACGCCCAAGUGCUUGGGGCCGAUUGUCUUUGGCGUGACUGGUGCUGGGAAGGUUGCCGAGGGCGUGCUAGAGCUUCUCAGCGACUUGCCCCAUGUGAAAGUCUCUGUGAAGGACCUGCCGGCGCUGGUUAGCGACCCAAACACUGACUUGCGGAAGGUCUACGUGGUCCACGCACGCCCAUCAGAUUAUUUCGUCCGGAAGGAUGGUAAGCCGUACGAGCGUUCGGACUAUUAUGCGAACCCGCAAGAAUACGAGUCCGAAUUCCAUACGAAGAUCGCGCCGUACCUCUCUCUCCUCCUGCAUGGCGCAGGCUGGUCACCGGCCUACCCGCGCGUGAUGACGAACGCGCAGCUGGAGAUCGCACUCGAGCGCGCACAGCAAGUCGGCCGGGGGCGUUUCGCAUGCGUCGGGGACAUCAGCUGCGACAUCGAGGGUGGCCUGGAGUUCCUCCCACGCCACUCGACGCUCUCCGCGCCGUUCUUCACGACGGGCCCGCCGCACUUCCCGCCGGUGACGAUGAUGGCGGUGGACAUCCUGCCCACGGCGCUCCCGCUCGAGGCGUCGAAGCACUUCUCGAAGGUGCUGCUGCCGUACCUGCGCACGCUCAUUGGGGAGUACCGUGGUGAUGCGGGAGAGCGGGAGAGAGCGGAGGCACUGAGGCGGGCGACGGUGGCGAAGAGCGGGCGGCUCGUGGGGGAGUGUGCAUGGUUGGAUAAACCGCUAGAGAUUUGGCAUCAUAAGCGGGCUGCUGCUGCUUUGAGUGGAGAAGCCGCUGCUGUUAUCCCACCGGCGUCUGCAGCUGCGAAGCGUCAUCAUACUCCGCGAGAGCCGAGGAAGAAGGUUUUGAUGCUUGGGAGCGGUAUGGUGGCCGGUCCGGCGAUCGAAGAGCUGUGCAAGCGGAGUGACGUGGAGCUGCUUGUUGCCAGUAAUUCUAUUCUGGAAGCAGAGCGGCAGACGGAGAUUUACCUUAAUGCGACCGCUGCGCAGGUGGAUAUGGGUGAUCCCGAGAGCGUGGCUAGGUUGGUCGCGGAGGCGGAUGUGGUCAUCAGUUUGCUCCCAGUCCCAUUCCACCCAUCUGUCGCGCAGCUCUGUAUCAAGCACCGAAAGCACCUCGUCACCGCGUCGUAUAUCUCUCCUGCCAUGCGCGCCCUGCACGAUGAGGCUGUUGGCGCGGACGUGCUGCUUUUGAACGAGAUCGGGUUGGAUCCGGGGAUCGAUCACUGCUCCGCUUUGGCGCUGGUCGACUCGCUGAAGCGGCAGGGCAAGGAGGUCAUCUCGUUCACGUCAUUCUGCGGGGGCCUGCCUGCGCCCGAAUGCGCGGAGGACGUGCCGCUCGGGUACAAAUUCAGCUGGAAUCCGCGUGGGGUGCUCACCGCUGCACUCAAUGAGGCGACGUUCAGGCUGGAAAACCAGACGUAUACGAUCGAUGGGAAUGAUUUGUUGACGUCGUGUGUUCCUGACGUGCCCGUGUCGAAGAUCUUGCGCUUUGAGGGGCUGCCCAACCGGAAUAGCCUUCCGUACGCUGGGUUUUACGGGUUGGGGUCGGAGAACCUGCGUACGAUCUUCCGGGGGACUUUGCGAUACGCCGGCUUCUCGCGAUUGAUGGAUGGGUUCAGCAAAAUCGGCCUUCUCGACACGUCUGCGACGGUCGAGCUGAAAGACUGGCCGUCCCUCGCUCGCAAAGCGCUCGAAGAGCGAUUAGGCACGCUGGUGAUGAGCGACGACGCAUCGAUGACAUCCGCCAUCCGCGACGCCACCCAACAAUCUGACAUCCGCGAGCUGGUCGACGCCCUCCGGUGGUUCUCCAUUCUGCCCCCACACGCAUCCGAGAGCAUCGCGGAGGAUACUGAGGCUGCACUGGCUCGAUUGCCGCCUGUUCCAUCGAAGCCUAUGGCGCCAAUCGACUUCUUCGCUGCGCUGCUCGCGCACAAGCUCCGGUACGAGCCGGGCGAGCGCGACUUGGUCGUCCUCCAGCACGAGCUCGUCGUGCACCCGAAGGGCAGCGCGUCCACGGCGGAGGAGACGCACACGUCGUCGCUGGUCGCGUAUGGCUCGCCGACGGCGUCGGCGAUGUCGCGCUGCGUUGGGCUGCCUGUGGCGUUUGCGGCGCUGCAGGUGCUCGAUGGCGCGGUGAAGCUGAGGGGCGUGCAUGGCCCGACGGACAGGGUGGUUUAUGAGAAUGUUCUGGCCCGGCUGCAAGAGGUGGGGUUGGGAGUGACAGAGAGUGUGAGGAGGGGUUCGGGUGUUGUGGAGGAUGUGUUGCGGAGGACUGCUGAGAGCAGUGCAUUGUAUGUCGAGUCUCGUGUUUCCCAUGUGUAAUUUACUUCUGCUUGUGUAAUUGGAUGUACUACGGACAAUGGGUGCUAUACCUAGCUUAGAAUACUCAGAG